CACCAUGGCAUGCUUGUGUUUAAAGGGUGUUGUGUGCAUGAACUGUGUUUUUACUUAAAGAUCCAUAAGAUAACACUUCUUCUCUCUGGCCGGGGGACUGUUUGAUUAUCACUCUCAAAAAUUGAAAAUGAAAUAAGGGGAUAUUUACUUUUCUUCCCCAAAAGCUUUGAUAGCUCAAUUGCUUGUUUUCAGUGGCUUGUUAUUAUUUUUCAAUUGGUGGAUUGGCUGUUGGGUUUGGAGUAGCACAGAGCAGCUCUGUGAGUGUUGUUUCUGCCCUGGAUAUACACAGAGCUGUCAGUGAAAGCAGCUAGAGAACAGUGGACACAGAGAGAUAGAAGGGGUCAUCAGUAAAUCUCGGUUAGUGCCUCAAACACUAAUAAUGUGUGGUGUCUGACAUAAUCACUAAGUUAUACGAUCUAGGCUACCUAACUGGGCCAUAACUUACCAUGGACAUUGAGCUGGCAAAAGGCCUUUUCAAAUUAAAGUAUUUUUUUAGUAGCUUAAAUAAAUCCUAAAAUCCUUUUUUGAAAACUGCCACCUAGAACACUAAUUAUCCUAACAGCGUAACAUGAAAACAUACCUCAAACUCCAUGAGCUCUUACAUCAGAGUCAGAGGAACAUUAAACUGUUCUUUUGGGUUUUGUCCUCCUGCCUCCAUCGUCACAGGCGAGCCAGUGGCGUCAUUCCUGCCUCGCUUUAUAAAACUGUCAACGCCUUCCUCUCACCUGGACUGACACACACCACCCCAAACACCAGGACAGCAGGACAGGGGCUAUUUUUGUCCAGAGCAGGAGAUCAGUAGGCUAAACUACGCACCUAACUUGUUGCUUUCACGGGCAUUCCCCCCCCCCCCCAAGCUGAUCAUUUCAACAAAAAGAAGACCAUCACGUAGUUUUUUUUAUGAAUCUGGCAAAUUAUUCUUACUUCUCUGGCAUGUGCAACAUGACCGCUGAGACGCAGCACUCGCCCGCCGAGGCAAGUCCUAUACAAGUCAUGUCUCCGAAUGUGAGCCUGGACUCGCCGCUGGCACCGCCGCCUCUGAUGCUGCAGGCCCGGUCAAAGGACAAUGUUUUGAUCAAGUCCGAGCCCCGGGGAACCAGUCCAAACACGGAGGAUGGAGCCGCUCUGGGGCAGACUGAGGAGCACCUGCCCACCGGGAGCCGCCGGAGGAAGAGGCCCGUCCAGAGGGGGAAACCUCCCUACAGCUACAUCGCUCUCAUCGCCAUGGCCAUUGCCAACUCUCCCGAGAGAAAGCUCACCCUGGGGGGCAUUUAUAAGUUCAUCAUGGAGCGUUUUCCUUUCUACAGGGAGAACUCGAAGAAGUGGCAAAACUCCAUCCGCCACAACCUCACCCUCAACGACUGUUUUGUCAAGAUCCCCCGGGAGCCCGGCAGACCGGGUAAAGGCAACUACUGGACUUUAGACCCCGCCGCUGAGGACAUGUUUGACAACGGGAGCUUUCUGAGGAGGAGGAAAAGAUUCAAGCGCACAGAUGUGAGCACCUACCCCGGCUACAUGCAAAGCUCCAGCGCGUUCACCCCAACCCCAAUGGGCAGGCCCUCUUACCCGAACACCCUGUACGCUGGGAUAGGGUCCGGGUAUGGCUCCCAGCUGACUGCCACAUCCCCGCAUCCGGCCAUGCUGCAUCACUACCAGACCUCCGCCGGGGCCGGCCAAGGACAGCCGCGCAUGUUCAGCAUCGACAAUAUCAUCAACCAGCAGACAGGUCAGGGGGUAGACCUAAACUCCCAGGCGCUUGGUUUGGGUCUGGGCCUGGGAGGAGGUGACCUGGGCUCCAUGACCUCCAACUGCGCGGUCACCGGCACCGACCCGUCUGCGUGCUUCCAGACCCAGACUGGCAACCCCUCGGCGAACAUGCUGAGCAGAAACAGCGGAAACCUCUCAUCCAACCUGGCCGCCGGGUACCCGUACUCCUCCUCCUCGGCCUCUCCUCCAAACCUGCCCACCAUGACCCAGUCCGGUUUCUCUCCGGGGAACUCUCAAGUGUACUGCUCCGGCAACCGGCUGUCCCUGCCGGCCUUGCGCCCGGGCUCCUGCGCCGAGCACACGGAGCAGCUGCUGGGCCUCUCCAGUCCAAUGAACUCCUACAACAACACCUACAUGAGACAAGCCAACUUUGCGUCAGGAUUAGAGCGGUAUAUGUGAGGCAUUAUUUGCAAAAAAUAUAUAUAUAUCCUAAUUAAUUAUAGGCCACUAAAUAGUCCCAUAUUAGAGGAAUACGCCCUCAAUAAGAGAUGAAUAUAGGUCUGACAUAAAAAUACUAUUAUUGGGAUAUUAGAGCCGAAUAUAAGGCCUCUAUUUCAAAAUGUCGUAAGUGGCCUAAUUAUGUCACUUAUUAAACGAUGAAUUUAUAAGUUCCUGUAAGGAUUUCGGUGAUUUAUAUUUGCCAGGAUCAGACAAAGAUUAGCCACACACAAAAUGACCGAGCCUCAUGAUAAAACAUUCCUAUUUUAAAAGCCAUUUAGAUCCGUUUGACACAUUCCAUGACUGUUUAAUGUAUUUUAUUGUGCCAUUCAUAUUUGUGUUUUAGAGUUAGCUUUUACACGUGUUUGUUAGUAUAUUUGAAUUCAAGUCUGCAGUUUUUCAUGUAAAUAGUUUGUUGAUGUAUAAAAACUUUAUUAAAAGAGUGUUAUCAUUGCUGACGACAG